AUGCGGCACAGUCAUUGGCAUCCCGUCAGUAUUGUUCAGCAAUACGAAGCGAGGCGGCAGCGAGCAGCAGGCCCUCUGACAAAAAAAACCAACAAAACUAUCGGCCAUCAAAACAACAAAAACUACCGUUCAAAUUGUCGUCGCGUCACUGUCGACGCCGGUAGCAACAACAACGCUGAAAAGUCGCCAUUCCGCAUAAAACGACUUCAAGCUGGCCAAAUUGAAACGGAAACGGAAGCCAAACUGAAGCACUUGUCGGAGAGCGUAACGGUGCUGCUGAAAAUCGCUAAAAUGGACAACAGCAUCGUCGUCGAGGAAAACGGCAAUUCGGCGUCCAGCAGCAGCCUGGAUGUCAUUACGGCCGCUGCGCAGGCAGCGGCCGCCGUACAUGCCGCAACGAGCGCCGCGCAGCAGCAGUCACAGAACCCACAGAGUACAACAGCGGCGUCCGCAGGCAACACAAAUAAUUCGGCUGGAACGGCCACCGUGCUGACCACGACGGCCAACUGCAAUAUACAAUACCCGAUCCAGGCGCUGGCGCAGCACGGCCUGCAGGUACAAUCCGUGAUACAGGCGAAUCCCUCGGGUGUAAUACAGACAGCUGCCGGCACGCAGCAGCAUCAGGCGCUGGCCGCCGCCACCGCCACAGCGAUGCACAAGGGAGUGGGGGUGGUGUAUGUCGCCAAGCCGCCCAAUUCCACGGUUAUCCACACGACCGCGGGCAAUUCAGUGCAAGUGCGUAACAAAAUCCCUCCAACUUUUCCAUGUAAGAUCAAACCCGAACCGAACAGCCAGCACCAGGAGGAUAGCGACGAGAGUUUGUCAGAUGACGACUCGCAGCACCAUCGGAGCGAGCUGACACGGAGGCCAUCGUACAAUAAGAUCUUCACCGAGAUCAGUGGACCUGAUAUAAGCGGUUCCUCGCUGCAAAUGGGGUCCGAUGGGUUGCUCGGCUCUCAGCUGGCGGCAGGCGGAGCAGGCGGUAACUCGGCGAACAGUUCACUGCUGCACAUGGCCCCGGAGUCGGCAUAUUAUUUGACCAAUCGGAUACCCUACAACACCAACAACAGCGGGAUAGCGGAGGAUCAGACGCGCAAGCGGGAGAUCAGACUGCAGAAGAAUAGAGAGGCGGCAAGGGAGUGCCGGCGCAAAAAGAAGGAGUACAUCAAGUGCCUGGAGAAUCGCGUGGCGGUGCUAGAAAACCAAAACAAAGCGCUUAUCGAGGAGCUCAAGUCGCUGAAGGAGCUCUACUGUCAGACCAAGAACGAUUGAAUGUGGCCUUGGCUGUGGCUGUGGUCAUGGCGCUGGCGAUGGCAGUGCCGGUGCCGAGUCCGAGGCCAGCAGCAGCAGCGGCGGCAAUGUCCACGUUCGAAGACGAGUCCCGAUGGCCAUGGCGAUGGAAAUAGUCGGCCGCAUAUCAUGAUUUACAUACAUAUAGUAGAAUGCUAUAUGUAAUCGUACAUAUAUACUAUAUAGUGCAAUGAUCAUGUUCUUGUUAGGACAAGUACACUGAACCGAACCGAACAGCCUGACAGAACAAACAGACGGACGGCGACGGCAACAGCGACAGCGACACGAGCAGGACACAAUGUAAUUAUGUUUAUAAUUUAAAUUUUAAUAUUAUGUUUAUGCUUUAGUUUACGCCUUAGUUUAUUUGCUAAUUUAAUGAAACUGCAGUUGACCUAUCCAUGUCCCUUGUGUUUUUACAUCCUAUAUAUAAAAAUCUGUUUCUAUAUUCUGCUGUAUGCUGCCGUCAGACGAUUACCUUUUCAUCGUCGUCGGUGAUUUUUGCCAUUUCCUCGAAAACCCAACUCCAUUGACCCCUUUUCCACACCUUUACAUCUAAUAUAAUUUUUUUUUACUUUAUUAAUGGUAGUCCUCAAUGCGAUGUUGGUUCGUUUUUUCAGAUUUUGUAGAUUGAUUAGCUCAUUUUUUUUCUUUUUUAAAUGCAUUUUACGCUUUACACCAGCGACAUACUAUUUUUAUACCCGUACUCAAAGAGUUAAGGGGUAUAUUGUACUUGUGGUAAAGAGUAUAUAGUAUUUGUGGUAAAGGUGGAUGUGUGUAACGCCGAAAAGGAAACGUUUCCGACCCCACAAAAGUAUAUAUAUUCUUUAUCAGCAUCAAUAGCC